GGCCUGAGCGCAACACCCCUGACCACGGUGCUUCCCCGCUAGACCUCUCUGCCCGUCUCCAUUCCUUGCUCCAGCAUCAUGUCUGCAUCAGUACCUUCCACCCCCGCUGCCGGCGUGCCUGAGGUUGCGACGGUCCCGGCCAUCGUCGCGGACACCGCCACCGGAUUCGCCGUCACAUUUGGCGGACAAGCGAACGAAUACAUCGCAGAAUUGACCACUCUCGUUGAAAAGUUCCCUACUGUCCGUGCGUUUGUCGAAGCCGCCCAGUCUGCGCUCGUCGAAGAAGCGAAAGCGUUCUCCGACAUCACGAUCCAGCCUUUCUUGUGGACACAGGACACGUCGACUCGUCCGUCCAAGGAUGCGUUGUCCGCGGCAUCGUUGAGUUACCCGCUCAUCUUCUUGACGCAAUUCGCCAACUACCUUGCCUUCCUCGAAUCGGCCCACUUGACGCACGAAGCAUUCGUACCCAAGCUCCGCGCCGGCUCUGGACACAGCCAAGGUGUCGUUGCGGCCGUCCUCCUCUCUGCCGCGAAAACCUCGGAAGAUUUGCACUCGCUCGGUCUGAAGUUCGUUCGGUACAUGUUCUUGCACGGCGUGCGUGCCCAAGCUAUCUUCGGCACGGUGUCCAAGUCAGGUGACAUCUCGCCAAUGUUGCUUGUCCGCGGUUUGCCGGAAGCAGCCUUGCGCAAAGCUGUAGAUGGCGUCAACUCCAAGCUCAAGCUCAAGGACGCACGCGCUCUGCAGCUUUCGCUGUUCAACGACACCACGGCGAUCGUUGUCACGGGUCUGCCGGACGUGCUUGUCUUGCUCAAGACAACCCUCGAAAAGAUCAGCGCAAAGCCCGACGAAUCCCAGGGCCGCAUUCCAUUCUCGCAGCGCAAGCCGGUCAUCUCGUUCGUGCCUCUCGCUGUGUCCGUCGCGUUCCACAACACGACGCUCGUACCUGCUCAAUCCGCAAUCGAAGCGGACUUGACUCGAUUGGACUUGACCAUUCCUGGUAGCGCCUUGCAGUUCGCCGUCAUCGGCACCAAUCAACACGCCGUCAACCUCCAAACGUACGGCGCCAAGAACGUGAUGCCUGACGUUGUCCAGAUGCAACUGAGCGACAUCGUCAACUGGCCAGCCACGACUGCCGCGAUCCAAAAGGUCGGACGCGUCACCCACGUGUUGGACUUUGGUCCUGCCCGAGGCGCAGCAACGUUGACACUCAAGCAAGUCGAAGGGUACGGCAUUACGACAGUCGUCCCGACGAUUUUGCACAAGGCGUCCGAAACUCUCCCUGGCUUGGACUACAUUCUGACGACGUCGUCGAAUUUUGUUGCGCAGUCCUGGGAAGCUUUGUACGGCCCCACGUUGACCAAGACUGUGGACGGCGCGACCGUGCUCCACAACAAGUACACGGCUCGCUUUGGCCGGCAACCGGUGUGGGUCGGUGGCAUGACCCCAACGACGAGUUACUACGGCGUUCCGUUGGUUGCUGCGAUCACCGAAAGCGGCUACAUUGGCGAACUCGCGUGCGGAGGUCUGCCCCGCCCGGCCAUUUUUGAAUCCAAGGUGGCCGACCUCCUUAGCCGCCUGUCGCCUGGUAACGGCAUUUACCUGAACUUGCUGUACUUGAACGCCAAACAAUGGGCGUUCCAGUUCCCCAUGAUCAAGAAGAUGCGUCAAGACGGCAUCCCCAUCGAAGGGGUGACCGUUGCCGCUGGGAUCCCGACACCGGACAAGGCGGACCAAGUGUUCAAAGAACUCCUCUCGGUCAACAUCAACGUGAUCAGCUUCAAGCCGAGCUCGAUCAGCUCCAUCCACGACGUGCUGAACAUCGCCAAGAAACACCCCACGGCGACGGUCGUCAUUCAGUGGACUGGGGGCCGCGCCGGUGGUCACCACAGCAGCGAAGACUUCCACACACCGCUCUUGGCUACGUACGCCGCAGUCCGCCGCUCGCCCAACGUGAUUCUCAUUGUCGGAUCUGGUUUCGGUUCGGCGGAGCAGUCGUACCCGUACAUUACGGGGGAAUGGAGCUUGGCGUUUGGAGAACCCAAGAUGCCUGUCGACGGUAUCCUUGUUGCAUCCCGCGUCAUGGUGGCGAAAGAAGCCGCGACCGCCGACGCCGUCAAGUCGCUCUUGGUGGAGACCCCUGGCAUCCCGGACGAAUCGACGUGGGAGUUGAGUUACGAGUCGUCCGCCGGUGGCGUCAUCACGCUGAAGUCCGAGCUCGGCGAAGCCAUCCACAAGAUUGAAAACCGUGGCUCAUUGUGCUGGCGCGACUUUGACCGCAAGUACUUUGCGUUGCCGAUGAAGGACCAAGAAGCAGCGAUCUUGUCCGACAAGGACGCCAUCAUUGCCCGCGUCAAUGCCGACUUCCAAAAGCCGUACUUCGGCCGCACCGUGAGCGGCAAAGUGGUUGACGUCGAGCAAAUGACCUACCUCGAUGUUAUUUCGCGCCUCGUGUCCCUCAUGUACGUCACGUCGAGCAAGCGAUGGAUCGACGCGACGUUCAUGAGCCGCGUGUUUGCCUUCUUGCAACGUACGGAGCAGCGCUUCCUGACCAAGGCCACGACCACGUCCAAGUUGGUGGUGCAAAAGGCCAGCCAACUCAAGACCGACCCUUGGGCACUUGUCCAAACUUUCACUGCCGCGUACCCGAGCAUCGCGACGGCCCUUUUGAACGUCGAAGACGUCGACUUCUUCUACCACUCGUGCAAGUUUGGCGGGAAGCCCGUGAACUUUAUUCCGAUCAUCGACAAGGAGCUGAUCACGUGGUUCAAAAAGGAUUCGCUGUGGUACUCAGAAGACCUGGAAGCUGUGCCGGACCAAGAUGCUGGCCGUGUCAUGAUUUUGCAGGGUCCUUUGGCUGUGUACCACAUCAAGACCAAGAAUGAACCUGUCGGUGACAUUCUCAAGGGUAUCAGUGACGGCGUGGUCAAGACUAUGGUAGCCAAGACGUUCCCGCAGCACUCGCGUUCUGUCUCCGCCGUCGCCAUUGAUGGCUGGACGCGGGCUGUUGCUACCAACAACCGCAUCGUUCUGUCCAAGUCGAUUGUCGACGCUGGUGCCGACGGAUGGAUGGCUGAGCUGGCGUCAGUUGUCACGCCAAACAACUGGCUCCACGACCUCCUCACCAUGGACCACCACGUGUCUGGGCGCCAAUGGGUCGCCAACGGGACGCCACAAGUCUUGUCUCCUCGCACUGGCCAAACGUUUCAAGUCGAAUUCAACGGCACGACUCCCAUCGCCCUGCGCGUGAUCCACGCUGCAGUCGUCCCGACCGCGCCCGUUGUGGAAAUUACGAAGUCCGUCGACAACGUGAUCACGAUGCGCCUCAACAUUGUGCGUCCCGCCACGCGCGAAUGGCCGUCCGAAGUCGUUGCCCUCGACCGCGUGUUCCACUACAAGCCAGCUUUGUCAUGGUCGCCCAUUCACAUCGACGACGCAGUGUCGGAGCACAACGUUAAGGCGUUUUACGCUCAGCACUGGAUCGCCACGACCGUAGCUUCCUCGCAACCUGCCCUGGAAAGCAGCGUACAAGCCACGCACACCGCUACGUUCGUUGUUACGGCCGAAGACAUCGACGAGUACAACAAGUCGUUGGGACUGGUCGGCCGCACGACUGCGCCAGUGGACUUCAGUACCGUCGCGGGCUGGAAGCCGCUGAUCACACCUGUGUUUGCCAAGGAAAUCUCGGGCGACUUGCUGCGUUUGGUGCACUUGAGCCACUCGUACACGUUGCUUGACCCGACCGACGACGGGUCGUUUGCCGCUGGCGACAAGGUCGUCUCGACUGGCUUUGUCACGGCCAUGCGCAACACCGCGUCCGGCAAGUUGGUGCAAGGCGUGAUUGUCGUUGCCAAGAACGGCGUCGACGUUGUCCGCGUACAAAGUGAGUUCUUGAUCCGUGGGACGUUCACCGACCACCACCACACGUUUGAAAAGAAAGAAACGACCCACGUCGUCCACUUGGCCGACAAGGCCGCGGUGACCAUUUUGGGGGACAAGUCGUGGUUCAAGUCGACUUCGGGCGCGUUGCUGCGUGCAGGUGCCUCGUACAAAUUUGUCCUCAAGUCGUCGUACGUGUAUGCCGAUGGCCAUUCGUCGUUGAGCUCGUUCGACGUCCAAGGUUCGGUCUAUGGUGGCGCCAACUUUGACCAAGUUGUCGGUGCGGUGUCCAUCAAAGAGUCUGGUGUUGCCAAGGACCCCGUCGCGUCGUACCUGGAGCGCGUGGCCCCGGCCACGGACGCUGGCAAGGCGGCGACUCCAUGCAACUUAUUGGAAACCCCCAUCACGAUUUCGAUCCCCGACUUUGCUGGCGACUACGCUCGUGCGUCGCGCGACUUGAACCCAAUCCAUCGCUGCGCGUACUCGGCCGCGUUCGCCAACCUUCCCAAUGGCCAACCCAUCAUGCACGGCAUGUGGACAGCGACCAAAGUCCGCAACCUUGUCAUGGACGUCAUGGCCGACCAAUUUCAAGUUUCCCACUUACAAUCGUACCACGCCGAUUUCAAGGGCAUGGUAUACAACAGCGAGUCGCUUUACCUCCAAGUGACCCAAUCUGGUGUGUCGGACGGGCUCAUCUUGCUCAGCGUAAACGUGGCCAACAGCCGUGGCGAAAGCGUCUUUGGCGCCAAGGCCAAGGUGGUCAUGCCCAAGACCGCGUUCGUCUUCACCGGUCAGGGGUCUGCUCAAGUCGGUAUGGGCAUGGACUUGUACGCGUCUUCCCCAGUUGUGCGCAAGAUCUGGGACGACGGUGAUCAGCACUUGCUGGAAAAGUUUGGGUUCUCCAUCUUGGACAUUGUCCGCAAGAACCCGGACUCGCUCACCAUUUACUUUGGUGGCAAGCGCGGCAUGGCCAUCCGUGAAAACUACAUGGCGCUGCGAUGCCAAAAGCCCGACGCGGCCGCCCCCAACGGCACCAAGACCGUACCUCUUUUCCCUGAAAUUACCCCCACGACCCAAAGCUUCACGUUCAGCGCCCCCACUGGUCUCCUCUUUGCGACGCAGUUUAGCCAACCGGCGUUGGUGCUCAUGGAAAAGGCGCUGUUCAACGAAGCCAAAUCCCGCGGCGUUGUCCCGUCCGACUGCUACUUUGCCGGCCAUUCGCUCGGCGAGUAUGCCGCACUCAGUUCGUUCGCCGAAAUCUUGGCGACCCCGGACCUCGCCGAAGUCGUGUUCCUACGCGGGAUGGUGAUGCAAAAUGCUGUCGAGCGCGACGUGAACGGCUUGUCGGACUACGGCAUGGUCGCUGCCAACCCUGCCCGUGUCGGGUCCAAGUUGUUCGACGAGUUGACGCUUUUCAAACUCCUCGACUUGAUCGAAGAACAGUCAGGCCAGCUGUGCCAAGUCGUGAAUUUCAACGUUCAAGACUCCCAAUACGUUGUGGCCGGCGAACUGGUCAAUUUGGAAGUGUUGUCGCGAAUCAUGACGACGCUCCGUGAACAGCCGACGUCGCUGGAAACGGUGGGGCUGGAAUCGCUUGUCCAGGAAUCGUUGGUCCUCGUGCGCUCCCAAAAGGAAGCGCUUGUCAGCAAGGGCAAGACGUUCGGUCUCAAACGUGGCACGUCGACGAUUCCGUUGGUCGGGAUCGACGUCCCGUUCCAUUCGCGCAAGUUGCUCAGUGGCGUGCCUGCCUUCCGCGAGCUCAUGCGUCCCAUGCUGAAAAAAGACGUUUUGUUCGGGAACAAGGCGCUCCUCGAAAGCCAUUACAUCCCCAACUUGAUUGCCAAACCGUUCAGCUGUACCAAGGAGUACGUCCAAGAGAUCGUGGACCUCACUGGCAGCCCUAGCUUGACGCCGAUCCUGGCCAACUGGGACACGACCCCGCCGGAUGAACUCGUGUGGACUUUGGUGAUUGAGCUUCUGGCGUACCAGUUCGCGUCGCCCGUGCAGUGGAUCAAGACUCAAGCGUACCUUUUCAACAGUGGCCUGCGCCGUUUCGUUGAAAUUGGGCCUUCCGCCACCUUGACCGGCAUGGCCACCCGCACGUUGCAAAGCGGCCGAUUCCCUCGCACCAAGUGCGACAUCUUGUUUAUCACGAAGGACCGCGACACGAUUUAUUACGACAAUGAGUCGGACCAUCCGUCUGCUGUGGACUACGCCCACGCCCAAGCGGCCGCUGUGUCCCAUCCUGAAGCUUCGGAGAACCAAGCCGAAGAGGAAGCUGCUCCAGCUGCCCCUGUCGUGGCGGCGCCUGCACCGGUGGUAGCUGCCCCCGUAGUGGUAGCCGCUCCUGCCCCUGUGGCCAGCGCACCUGCUGCCGCCGUCACCGACGAGCCUGUGAGCGCUAACCAUGUGCUUCGUGUGUUCCUUGCCCAUCGUUUCAAAAAGCAAUUGGCCGAAAUCGACGACAACGCGACGAUCCAAGGUCUGGCCGCUGGCAAGUCCGCCGCUCAGAAUGAAGUUGUGGGCGAAUUGGAGAAGGAGUUCGGUGGUGGCGUCGACCGCGUACCUGAAUUGCCGCUCUCGGUCUUGGCGUCGUCGUUCAAGUCGUACAAGGGCUUUGGGCCAGUCUUUGGCACACUCACGACCGACUUUGUCCGCAAGCAAUUGCCUGGUGGGUUCAACAUCAACCAAGUCAAGACCUAUUUGUCGACAGAAUUUGGUUUGGGCGCUGGCCGCGUGGACAGUGUGCUCAUGCAUGCCCUCCUUUUCCCUCCUGCCUCCCGGCAUGCCAACGAAGGCGUGGCCAAGUCGUGGUUGGAUACUGUCGUGGCCGAUUACGCCAAGUUUGCCGGUGUCUCCAUCUCGAAGGGCGGCGCUGCCCAAGGAGGUGGCGGUGGCGCCAUGAUGAUGAUGCCGUCGUUCAGCGCCGCGGCUGCCGUUGAACCCGUGCCUGACGCAGACAUCACUGCCGCGUAUGGUCUCAAGGCGUUCUUGGCCCACAAGUUCAAGAAGAAGUUCGCUGACGUUACCGACGCUGUCAGUGUCCACGACUUGGCCGCAGGCAAGUCGGCUGUCCAAAACGAAGUCGUGGGCGAGCUCGAAGCCGAGUUCGGCGGUGGUGUCGAUGGUGUCGCCGAAACCAAGAUCGGCGACCUCGCGCCCAAGUUUGCCGGGUACACUAAGCCUGGCAAGUACUUUACGUCGACGGUAGCCAAGAUGCUCAGCGCCAAGCUUCCUGGUGGUUUCUCCGCUUCGCAAUUGCGUGCCUACAUGGCGCAAGAGCGAGUGCUGGGACCCAAGCGCAUCGAAAUCGCCUUGAUCCACUCGUUAAUCAACAUGCCUGAAGCCCGUUUUGCGACGGAAGCUGACGCCAAGACUUGGAUCAACUCUGUGGUGGACGAGUAUGGUUCGAUUGCUGGUGUCACGAUUCCGUACGCGUCCAAGGCCGGCCCUGCGGUGGGCGGCGGCAUGGCCAUGAUGGGUGGCGGCGGCGGCGGCGUGUCGUCUGCAGCGCUUGACGGCCUCCGCAACGAAAUGAUCACGAUGCUCCGUGAUCAAGUCACGGCGUACCAAGCGUUCAUGAAGUUCGACCCGUUGGACGCACUCAAGAAGACCAACUCGGACGAAGCACUGCGCCGCGACUUGGAAAAACAAGUCGACUUGUGGGUUACCGAACAUGGCGAGUACUACGAAAAGGGCAUUCAAGCCAAGUUCGACGCCAACAAGAUCCGCAUCUACGACAGUUCGUGGAACUGGGUCAUGCAAGACGCGUUGGACUUUUACUACAAGACGCUGGCCAACACGAUCCCGUCCAAGAAGAGCCAUGGCGCGGGCUUCGACCGCGACGCGCACUUGGCGGAAAUGUCCGCAUUCCUCAACGCGGACGCGUCGCAACUCACCAAGAUGGGCGAGCCCCAAGGCUGGUUCAAGCCGUUCUUGUGCAACCGCGCAACGCCCGAGCUCUUGGCUGCGACCGAGUUCUUCUUGUCGCGCCAGCAGGCCAACGGCAACUUGGAGUACGCCCAAGCCAUUCAACUUUUGAACGAAGAAGUCGAAAAAUGGAUGGACCGCGACCCCGUCCACAUGCAAUUGCUCCAACCGUUCCGUCCGGAGGUCACUGUCGAAGCCAACGGGAACAUCGUGUACAAGGAAGUGCCUCGCGGUGCGACGUCCGUCGACUACGUCGAUGAACUGUCGCGAGGAUUUGCCUACCGCACCGACGACCACAAAAUCGCGUCCCCCAAGAGCGCGCACUCGUCGGUCGCGUUGGUGCGAGGCAUGGAAACCGCCGAGCUCGACGAUGGCCACGAGAGUGACGUGAACAGCGUGAGCAGCGAACCAGCGUUCAAUAAACGCAUCGCUGCCAAACGCAGCACGCGUGUCCAUGGCUCCAAGUUGUGGGGCUUGAAGGCGGUCACCCGCCGCCUGAAGCGCGCCAAAGCUGCCAAUGCGACGCAGCAUGUGCUGCCGUAUGUCCACAUUCGCAAGGCGGACCAUGUCGACCCGACCAACCGCGUGGUGGACGAGCACUUGACCAAGGACUUUUUGCUCAGCAUGCACGAAAUCGCGACGUCUGGGGUGUCGUUCGUCGGCAAGAACGCGCUCGUGACUGGUUGCGGCCGCGACUCGAUCGCGAGCGAAGUCGUCAAGGCGUUGUUGGAAGGCGGGGCUACCGUCAUUUGCACGACGAGCAGCUUCUCGUCCAAGUCGACCAAGUUCUUCCGCAACGUGUACGAGAACCACGGGUCCCGCGGGUCCAAGUUGAUCUUGCUGCCGUUCAACCAAGCCUCGUCCAAGGACUGCGGGUCGUUGGUCGCGCACAUCUACGAGCAGCUCAAGUUGGAUCUGGACUUUGUCAUUCCUUUCGGUGCGAUUUCCGUUGUGGGCCCAACCCUUGCCGACAUUGAUUCCAAGUCCGAGUUGGCCCACCGCAUCAUGUUGACCAACACGUACCGCAUCCUCGGCAAGAUCAUCGACUACAAGCGCGCCCAAAACAUCCGCACGCGCCCUUGUUUGGCCAUGCUCCCCCUGUCCCCCAACCACGGGACCAUGGGUGGCGAUGGGCUGUACGCUGAAGCCAAGCUUGGUUUGGAAGCGUUGAUGAACAAGUGGCAUUCGGAAGGAUGGGAGGACUACAUCAGCGUCGGUGGCGCCGUCAUUGGGUGGACCCGCGGCACCGGAUUGAUGGCUGGAAACAACUUUGUGUCUGCCGGCAUCGAGCAACUGGGCGUUCGCACGUUCAGCCAAAUCGAAAUGGCAUUCAACUUGACGUCGAUCUUGCAUCCCCGCAUGGUCGCAGCGGCGGCCAAGGCCCCGUUGUGGGUCGACUUGGGUGGCGGCAUGGCACAAUUGCACGACUUGAAGGUCCAAACGGACAAGAUUCGCGCGUCGAUUAUGGAGGAAUCCAAGAUCCGCCGGGCCAGCGUCGACGACCACAAGAAGGACAGUGCCGUUGCCACGGAUGACGACGACAAGCCCGUGCUCAACCGCGCCAACAUGCACAAGUACUACUCGCAGUUCCCCGACCUUCCACCUGCGUCAGAGCUGCGCAAACUCGGCAAGGACUACCAAGGCAUGAUCAAUUUGGAAAAAACGAUCGUGGUCGUCGGGUUCGGCGAAGUCGGGCCUUGGGGAAACUCGCGCACUCGUUGGGAAAUGGAGUCGUACGGUGUGUUUUCCCUCGAAGGGUGCAUCGAACUCGCGUGGAUGUUGGGGUACAUCACAUACCACAACGGCCCGGCCAAGUCUGGCGAGCACUACAUCGGUUGGGUUGACGCCAAGACGAAGGACCCUGUCGCCGACACGCAGGUCAAGUCCUUGUACGAAGAGAGCAUCCUCAAGCACUCGGGCAUCCGCGUUGUCGAACCCGAGCUCUUUGACGGGUACGACCCGAAGAAGAAGAUGUUUUUGCAGCAAGUCGCGGUGGACAAGAACAUGCGCCCGAUCGAAGUCGCGAGCCGCGAAGAAGGCCUCGAGUACCAAAAGGAACUCGGCGAGGAGAACUGCGACGUGUUUGAGCUGGACGGGACGUGGAUGCUUCGCUUGCGCCAAGGCGCCGUGCUCUCGAUCCCCAAGUCGCUCCACUUCAACCGUUGGGUCGCGGGCCAAAUUCCCACGGGAUGGGAUGCCAAGCGCUACGGUGUACCUGCCGACAUUGCCGAAGCAGUCGACCCGAUCACGCUCUUCACGUUGGUGUCGACCGCCGAAGCGUUGAUCUCGGCGGGUAUCACAGACCCGUACGAGUUUUACCAAUACGUUCAUGUGUCGCAAGUCGGAAACACGUCAGGGUCUGGCAUGGGCGGGAUGCGGUCGCUGCGCCGCAUCUACCACGACCGCGCCAUCGGCAAGAACAUCCCGUCCGACUCGUUGCAAGAGUGCUUCAUCAACACGAUGUCAGCGUGGGUCAACAUGCUGCUCCUGUCGUCGUCUGGCCCGAUCAAGACCCCCGUCGGUGCGUGUGCGACGGCUGCCGAGUCGGUCGACAUUGGUGUCGAAACCAUCUUGAGCGGCAAGGCCCGCGUCGUCCUUGUUGGGGGGUACGAUGACUUCUGCGAAGUCGGGUCGUACGAAUUUGCCCAAAUGAAGGCGACGAGUGAUUCGGAAAAGGAAACCGCGAUGGGUCGCGACCCUCGUGAAAUGUGCCGUCCGUGCACGGACACUCGUGGGGGCUUUAUGGAAGCGCAAGGUGCCGGCAUUCAAGUGCUCAUGGAUGCCGCCUUGGCCCUGGACAUGGGUGUGCCUAUCUACGGUGUGGUCGGCAUCACGAAUACGGCCACGGACAAGAACGGCCGGUCGGUCCCUGCUCCCGGCAAGGGUGUGUCGACCACGGCGCGCGAACAUGUCGUCGGCAACGACAACAUGCGCAAUGCGCUCUUGAACCCUGCCUUCCGCCGCGCUCAAUUCGAAGAAGAACUUGAAGCGAUUGAGCAGUGGAAGGCGCGCCAGCUCAAGAACAUCGCGGCUGGCGUCCAGUCGUUGUACGAUGCCGACAUGGUGCACGAAUUGGCCGAGAAGAAGGUCAAGCAAGCUCAAUUCACGUGGGGACAUGAGUACUUCAAGGGCAACGCUGGCAUUUCGCCGCUGCGUGGGGCGCUCAACAUGUGGGGCCUCACCACGGACGACAUUGGCGUUGCCAGUUUCCAUGGGACGGGCACCAACGCGAACGACAAGAACGAGAGUGAGAUCACGCACCGCCAGCUUGAACACCUCGGUCGCACAUCGGGCAACCCGAUCAUGGUUGUGUGUCAAAAGUACUUGACCGGGCACCCCAAGGGUGCGGCAGCCGCGUGGAUGUUCAACGGUCUCCUUCAAAUCAUUCAGUCGGGCAUUGUGCCCGGGAACGCCAACAACGACAACACGGCGCCCGAACUCCAAAAGUUCGACAUGCUCGUGUACCCGAACCGUAGCAUCCAAACGGACGGCAUCAAGGCGGCGCUCAUGAAGAGCUUUGGGUUCGGCCAAGCCGGCGCGGAAGUGCUCUUGAUUCACCCCAACUACCUCCUCGCCGCAUUGUCCGAUGCCCAGUUUGCCAAGUACGUAACCCAGCGCUCCCAGCGUGCUGGCGGGUUGCACCAGUACAUGCAGGACGUCUUGUCUGGCAAGAACACGCUUGUCCGCGUCAAGGAGCAUGCGCCGUACACGACUGAAAACGAGAUGAACGUGUACUUGAACCCCUUGGCCCGUGCCAGCUACAACACCAAGGAAAAGACGUGGACAUUUGGCGACGUUUCGUCUGCCAAGGCCGUCAAACAAGCCACGGAUGUCAUGGCGGCGGUCGCGCCGACACCGUCCGUCGACGAGUUGCCCAAGAAGAUGCUUGAAAGCUCGCUCGCGCAGUCUGGUGCGCAGUUGAUCCUGUCGUCUGGCCAAGGCCUCGGCAUCGACGUCGAACCGGUCGCGACGUUCGCGGACUACGCCAACAAGCAAGUGUUUAUCCAACGCAACUUUACGCCGGUCGAGAUCGCGUACUGCGAGGCGUCUGCGAGCGCAGCGUCGUCGUUUGCCGGUCGAUGGGCUGCCAAGGAAGCUGUGAUCAAGGCCAUUUGCAACGCCAACCCGAGCGCCAAGAUCACGGAAGGCGCUGACGCUCCACUUAUUGACAUUGAAGUCGGCAAGGCCACGUCUGGUGCGCCAACCGUGACGCUGACCGGCCGAGCAUUGGAAGCGUUCCAAACGUCCAACCUCUCCAGCAUCAAGUUGUCCAUCACGCACUCUGGCGAUUACGCGGUGGCCCAAGCGUUGGUGCUCUAAGUGGUCUCGCGCCACGAUCGGUUAGGAUAGAAGAACGCUGGCGGCGGUGGUCGCGGAGACGCCUUUGUUUCAGUUGGUCGCUGGAACGUCAAGCCUCUCGACGCUUCCGCCGCCUGCGUAUUUUGCUGCAACACCCCGACGUCAGCAUGGCGAACGUACGAGCGACUGGUCCUUGCAACUACGUGCCGUCGUUGGCACUCUGUCGUAGUAAAAUCGUAAUCUAUGAAUUUCAUUUAAUCUCCACAUA